UCAGUGACAGGUCUUCACUUAGAUCUCGCUCUCGAUCUAUUGUGGAAGCCACACGAAGUAUCACGUACGACCGACAACUGUCACCAGAAUGGAUUUCGCACAACUGUCCAGGAAUAUUUCGCAACGUUAUUCCAUUUCUUCUCUCAUUGCUUUUGGGGUUCUUCUCGUUCUGACCAUCGUGCUUCUUCACCAAGAUUCAAGAAUAGGGAAAAUCGAAGAGAAAUCGAAAACAAAUCGUUUCAUCUCCAAGAAAUCUCUCGACGAUAAACCUGAUGACACACCAAAACCCGGUCUCGGAUCAUUGUAUACCCGGUGGGGCAGAACAAGUUGUCCUCCUCAUUCAAAACUUGUAUAUGAUGGUGUGGCUGGUGGAGAAUUGUAUGACCACACAGGUGGCGGAAGUAAUCUCUUAUGUCUACCUAACGAUCCUAUUUGGGCCAAUUAUACUACCGGAGUUGAAAAAGGUGGUUACAUUUAUGGCAGUGAAUAUCAACUAGACCUGUACCCAAUUAAUAAACUCUUUUCUUUUGCUAACGCUAAAUCACUUCAUGAGCACAACGUUCCGUGUGCUGUCUGUUUGACACGACAACCUGCUGUUGUUAUGAUGUUACCAGCCAGGACACAGUGUUACCCUGGUUGGACAACUGAGUAUUCCGGAUAUUUGAUGGCCGAGCGUCAUAGCCAUAAGGGCAGACAUGAAUAUGUGUGUGUGGACUAUGCACCAGAAGCUGAUCCAGCUGGUUACAGAAACGAAAAUGGAGCUUUAUUAUAUUUCGUUCAGGCUGUUUGUGGUUCAUUGCCAUGUCCACCGUAUGUCAAUGGUCAGGAAUUAACCUGCGUUGUGUGCAGUAAAUAUUGAAUACAAAUUAAAUUCGGUUCCUUAUGAAAAUAUGUCUGUGAAAUGCAAGAAACAAAAUAAAUUUUUACCUAUUUUCUUUAAAUUAUGUCUAUCGUUAAAAUAAACAGAUGUACUAGUUUUCUGAAAAUAUUGAAAACUAUACAAAAGAGGCGUCAUAGAAUGUGAAAAAUAUCCCCAUAAAACGAUGUAAACCUAUUGGAAUAAUUCUAAAAACCAUUUUGUAAGAUUUCAGCUUACCAAAUUUAACGUUGAAAUAAAAUGUUAUUUCGUUUAACAGCA